UUUUUGGUAAAUUUAGAUUUUUCUAAUUAAGAUUACAUUUAAUUGUCAAUUGUUAUUGUUUUAAUUUGUCUUUUUAUUUAUUUAUUUCUCUCUCUUUUCUGUUUCUGUUUCUCUUCAACUGCAACGGAGAUUCAUUUCCUUUCAUAUAUAAAUAUAUAUACGUAUAUUCCUGUUGUCUGGUGAUUACCUUUUUUUUUGUCACAUUCAUAAAUACUUAAUUAUUAAACCAUUAAUUGAUCAAUAGGAUUGUUAUUAAACCUUAAAUAUGGCUGAAGCUGGAGAUAAAAGUCACAGUGAUGAUGAAUCUCCUAAAAUUAAAUUGAUUGUUAAAACUCCCAUGGAUAAAGAUACUGUUGAAAUAGAAGAAGAUGGUUCCGUUAAAAGGUUGAGAGAAAUUGUUGCUCAACGAUUCAAGGUGGAUGAAGAGCAAGUUUGCCUAAUUUUCGCUGGAAAAAUUUUAAAGGAUCACGAAUCAUUGGAACAACACAAGAUUAAAGAUGGUUUGACAAUUCAUUUAGUUACCAGAGCUAAAAAGAAUCCUGAUGGCUCUUCAACGUCAACUCAAUCACCGGGUUCAAAAACAUCAACUGGGUCAACUCCUAAUCGCCCUUCAGGACCAGCACCACCCAUGUUUCCUGGUUUUGAUUUCGGAAGCAUCGGUAACUCUGGAAAUUUAUCACAAACCUUAUUACAAAUGCAACAAAAUCUUCAGCAAGAGCUUAUGUCUAAUCCUGAAAUGAUGCGUUCUCUAGUUGACAGUCCAAUGUUCCAAGACUUGAUGUCACAUCCUGAUUACAUUCGUUCCGUUUUAAGGAGUAACCCUACUACCCAAGCUUUAAUGGACAGAAAUCCCGAGAUUGGUCAUAUGUUGAAUAAUCCAGAGGUAAUUCGUCAAGCCAUGGAAACCAUUCGUAACCCAGCAGCUUUCCAGGAACUAAUGAGAACACAAGAUCGUGCUCUUAGUAACAUUGAAUCAUUACCAGGAGGAUUUGAUGCUCUUCGACGAAUGUACACUGAAUUUCAAGAACCGAUGUUGAAUGCUGCUCAAGAACAUAUAACUGGAGGUAAUCCAUUUGCAUUUAACAGCGAAAAUCGAGAUAAUUCUCAACCAUCCCAAACUGGAGUGGAAAAUAGAGAUCCAUUGCCAAAUCCAUGGGCACCAAGAAGCCCUUCUUCUGGCACAGGACAAACUACAGGAACAUUGCCCAAUCCACCCACUGAUAGGAGUAACCCUGGAAUACCCGGUGGACCUGCAGGAAUGCAAAAUUUAAUGCAGCAAAUGAUGGACAAUAGUCCGCUUAUGGAAACCCUCACACAAUCACCAUUCAUGCGUCAAAUGAUGGGCCAUAUGACCUCGAAUCCGGAAAUGUUGCAACAAAUGAUGUCUAUGAACCCACUACUUGCCAAUAAUCCACAAUUAAUGGAUCAGAUUCGAUCAACAGCCCCCCAAAUGGUACAGAGAAUGCAAAGUCCAGAGUUUCAACAAUUAUUGACCAAUCCUCAAGCCCUAGAGGCCUUGAUGAAUAUCCAACGAGGAAUGGAGCAAUUACAAAGAGUUGCACCGGGAGCUCUAUCUGGAAUGAUGGGUGGUCCACUUGGAGGUUUAACCUGUCCCUCGGCUACUACCACUCCUAACAUGACCACUACUACUCCACCAGUACCUAAUUCAACUACCACCUCAACAACAAGUACGGAAAACACAACGACGCCAACUUCAACCACCCCUGGAUCAAAUAUUAACACAACCACUUCUGCUACUGUUGGUGCAUUAUCCCAAUUAAUGGCACAAAUGUUAACUUCGCAAUCAGGUGCAAACCCUGGUCUUGGUAAUUUGAGUAGCAAUCUAACCACCAAUACACAGUCUCUCGAGGAAAGAUACCAAAGUCAAUUGGAACAAUUAUCAGCCAUGGGAUUCACCAAUAGAGAGGUCAAUUUACAAGCACUUGUAGCUACCUUUGGUGAUGUUAAUGCUGCUGUCGAAAGGCUUCUUCAAUCACGCCCAUGAAAAAAAAGAAAAAUCAAAAACAUACAAUUGAUGAAUCAAGGAAAAAACAAUAAUCCGAAUCACACAAGAUAAACAAAAACUAAUGAAAAAAAAGAGACAUGAAGACAACACAACAAACAGAAACAUUAAUACCGCAUAAAAUCAACACCUCAUUCAAAUAUCUCCUGCGAAAACAACACAGAAAGAGAGAAGGAGAGAAAGAGAAAUGAAUAUGAAUAUGAACUUUUUUUCAGGUUCAUGAAAAAUUUUUAUAUACAAAAUAGUAAAUACAAAAGGUUAUAAAUAUAUCACAAGGGUGGAUAGCAACACAUUGAGGAGAUUUAGAAGUUACAUCAUCAUCAACAACAAUGACGAUUUUAAGACAACAUUUCCUUGUUUACAUCUUCUUCUGGGUAUUUUCAAGACUUUCUCUCUCGUUCUUAUUAUAUCAACAUUACCUAAAAAAACACUAAUGAAUCUAAGCCCUGAUGUUACUUCAACCUUUUGCUUUCAUGGUUCAUGGUGAUCAAUCUUGGAAAAAAAAAAUUCAAUCUCUAUCCUCGGUGGAAAACAACAAUCUUCUUCUUCUUCAACAUACCAACAACAAAUAUUUACAAAUAAUAACAUCAUUUUCAGAAUUGAUCUUAUUAUUUGAACGAUUUAAUGUUUUUCCCUUUCUCAAUUCAAUGAUGAUAAUAACUACAAACAUGAAAAUCAAAAACAAAAAAUAUAAUCACCCUCGAAUUGUGGUCAUGUUGAAGGAGAGAGUAACAAUUACAUAAAUAAUCAAAUUUAUUACAACAAUUAAAA